AUGACCGAAGCCAAGACCCACGCAGAGGCCCUGCUGCCCCGGUUCAAGCUAGAGCGCCUCCUCAACCAAGGUCACCGCGCUGCCGGCCGCAGAUCAAGUCUUCUUGGUAGCAUUGACGACAAACCGGCGCUCCUCAUACUCGAGCGUGCCCCCUUUCCCGUCUCGACGGCCUACCUCGGCGAGACACCCGCGGCGCUCUCGAGCCUCAAGAACCUGGGCGCCAACGACAUAUACUUUUGGUUCCUCGCCCGGAGCGGCAUCGUGCCGUCGACGCCGACGGACGACGCCGACGCCGACUUUUUCGCCGACCUCAAGAUCAACCUCAUCUACCCCUGCACGAGCACGCACGUGGCCAAGUACAGCAAGCAGCCCGUCCGGCUCGUCACGGAAACGGCCGAGAUCUACCGCGACCACGUGCGACCGUACAUGCAGCGCAAGCGCGACGAGGGCCGGCUGAACUGGGUCUACAACAUCAUCGAGGGCCGCAAGGAGGUCGAGGACGUCAUCUACAGGACGCCGCUGGGCGCCGCCGGCGACGAGGGGUUCCUGCUGCUGCCGGACCUCAACUGGGACCGCAAGACGCUCGACGCGCUGCACCUCCUGGGCGCUCGUCGAGCGGGCGCGACAUUUGGGUCGCUGCGCGAUCUGCGUCGCCGGCCACCCUCCCCCUGGGUUGCGGCAUAUGCGGGCGCGGCUUCGUCGAGGGCGACGGACGGGCGCAAGUAA